AAAUGUAUUUUCUAGGAUGGUGGGUGGUCUAGGUUGGAGGCUCAAUAUAUUAUUUGAAAAGGCCCACAAUCUCUAGUGGUGCCCCUGGCUCUACAUGGGCAAUAAAAGCAUCUCUUGUGGAGCUUAUAGUCUCCAAUUUUCCCUCUUUAGACCAGGGAGACGUUAAUCUAGGACUGAUGCUUCUGAUGUCCUCAGUUAGUUCAAAGUAAAGUGCUCCUUGAUGUUUUUUCUGUUCCAGAGGGCUGAGGAGAAUGCACACGCUUUUCUAGACAAGGAGCUGAAGAAGCUCUGGAGGGAUCUCUUCUCAGAUUACCCACAAUGCUCAGAGAGUCAGAGGGAGGACGAGGGGGAGGAGGAUGGUAAGAACGAGGAGCAGAGGAGGCGCGCCAUAGAGGGAGUGGUAAACAUCACAAAGCUCUGCCUGAUGGAGAUGAACCAGGAGGAACUGGCCGACAAGCUGGGGAGUGGAGCUGUUGCGGUCCAGUGGCAACAUGAACUCAAGGCUCAUCUGAAGAAGAAGUUCCACUGUGUGUUUGAGGGAAUCGCUAGAGCAGGAGAGCAGAGACCUCUGAAUGAGAUCUACACAGAGCUCUUCCUCACAGAGAGAGGCAGUGGAGAGGUCAACAUGGAACAUGAGGUCAGACUGAUUGAAAAGGAUUCCAGGAAGCAAGCCAACGAGGGAACACCAAUCAGUUGUGAAGACAUCUUUAAACCUUUAGCUGGACAAGAUAAACCAAUCAGAACAAUAAUGACAACCGGAGUGGCCGGCAUUGGUAAAACUCUCUUAACACACAAGUUCACUCUGGACUGGGCCGAAGGCAAAGCCAACCACGAUAUAGACUUCACAUUUCUCCUCACUUUCAGAGAGCUGAAUUUAUUGAAAGGCAAAGAGUUUAGCUUACUGGAACUUCUUCAUCAGUUUUCUGUUGAAACCAACGAAUCAGGAAUGUACAGAUACGACCAUGACCAAGUAGUCUUCAUCUUGGAUGGUCUGGAUGAGUGUCGACUUCCUCUGGACUUCCAGAACAACCCGAUCUGGACUGAUGUCACCGAGCCGACCUCAGUGGACGUGCUGCUGACAAACAUCAUCAGGGGAGUCCUGCUUUCCUCUGCCCGCAUCUGGAUAACCACACGCCCUGCCGCAGCCAAUCAAAUCCCUGCUGAGUGUGUUGACAUGGUGACCGAGGUGAGAGGGUUCACCGACCCACAGAAGGAGGAGUACUUCAGGAAGAGAUUCAGAGAGGGGACAAUGGCCACCACAAUCAUCUCUCACGUCAAGAAAUCUCGAAGCCUCCACAUCAUGUGUCACAUCCCAGUCUUCUGUUGGAUCACUGCUACAGUUCUAGUGGACUUCUUCAAAACAUCCCAGAGAGGAGAAGAGGUGCCCAAGACCGUGACUCAGAUGUACAGCCACUUCCUGAGGGUUCAGUCCAUACAGGGGGACAGGAAGUAUCAUGGGCGAGCUGAAACCGAUCCACAAUGGAGUUCGGAGAGCAGGGAGAUCAUUGUUUCUCUGGGGAAACUGGCUUUUAACCAGCUGGAGAAAGGCCAGCUGAUCUUCUACGAGGCAGACUUGGCAGAGUGUGGCAUCGAUAUCAGAGCAGCCUCAGUGUACUCAGGAGUGUUCACCCAGAUCUUUAAAGAGGAGUGUGGACUGCACCAGGACAGGAUGUUCUGCUUCGUCCAUCUGAGCAUCCAGGAGUUUCUGGCUGCCCUUUAUGUCUUUCUGUCCUACAUCAACACUGGUGUCAACCUGCUCUCAGAAGAACAUCCAACCUCCAGGGAAGCUGAACUCCUCCUCCUCUACCAGAGUGCUGUGGACAAGGCCUUACGGAGUGAAAACGGGCACCUGGACUUGUUCCUCCGCUUUCUCCUGGGCCUCUCUCUAGAGACCAAUCAGAGGCUCCUACAAGGUCUGCUGGGACCAAGAGGAAGUAAAUUACUGGGUAAUCUAACUGAGAAAGUUCCACCGGGACAGACAGGAAGGAGGUCACAGAUCAAUACCCAAAUAGUCCAUUACAUCAAGGAGAAGAUAGGUGGAGAUCUCUCUCAAGAGAGAAGCAUCAAUCUGUUCCACUGUCUGAAUGAGCUGAAUGACAGUUCUCUAGUGGAGGAGAUCCAACAGUACCUGUCAUCAGGAAGUAUCUCCACAGAAUCUCUCACCUCUGCUCAGUGGUCAGCUCUGGUCUUCAUCGUACUGAUAUCAGAAGAGCAACUGGACGUUUUUUACCUGAAGAAAUACUCUGCUUCUGAGGAGGGUCUUCUGGGGCUGCUGCCACUGAUCAAAGCCUCCAAAACAUCUCUGCUGAAUGUCUGUCGUCUGUCAGAGAGAUGCUGUGAAGCUCUGGCCUCAGUUCUCAGCUCCAACUCCUCUAGUCUGAGAGAGCUGGACCUGAGUACCAAUGAUCUGCAGGAUUCAGGAGUGAAGCUGCUCUCUGCUGGACUGGGGAGUCCACACUGUACACUGGAAACUCUCAGGUUGUCUGGCUGCCAGGUCACACAGGAAGGCUGUGCAUCUCUGGCCUCCGCUCUGAGCUCCAACCCCUCCCAUCUGAGGGAGCUGGACCUGAGCUACAAUCACCCAGGAGACUCAGGAGCUGCGCUGCUCUCUGCUGGACUGGAGGAUCCACGCUGGAGACUGGACACUCUCAGUGUGGAGCACGGUGGAGUGUGGAGGCUGAAACCAGCUCUAAAGAAGUAUGCCUGUGAACUCACACUGGACCCAAACACAGCCCACAGACGACUCUCUCUGUCUGAGGACAGCAGAAAGGUGACGUGGGGUGAAGAGGACCAGUCGUAUCCGGAUCACCCAGAGAGGUUUAACGCCUGGCACCAGGUGUUGUGUAGAGAGGGUCUGCCUGGCCGCUGCUACUUGGAGGUAGAGUGGGGAGGACAGGUUGAUAUAGGAGUGGCAUACAGAGGAAUGACAAGGAGAGGAGCGGGUAAUGACAGCAGGCUUCGAUGGAACAACAAGUCCUGGAGUCUUGUUUGUGAUGACGACAUUGAUGCUGCUGUCUACAAUGCCUUUGACAACGGUAGUAGAACAGCCAUACGUCUCCCCCCCCCUCACUCUAACAGAGUAGGAGUGUAUCUGGACCGGCCUGCUGGCUCUCUGUCCUUCUACAGAGUGUCCCCAGGUGGAGGGGGUUCCUCAGACACACUGACACACAUCCACACCUUCCAGGCCUCCUUCACCCAGGAGGACCUCCUCCCUGGGUUUAGGUUACGUAAGAGUGGUUCCUCAGCGUCUCUGUGAGUGUCCAUUGUAGAUACACACACACAGACCCAUGGAAAAGCACACACAUGUAGACAGUCAUAAACACACCCAAACCAACAUAUGUACAUAGAAAUUAACAAACACGCACACACAAACAAACAGAUUGUUCAUGACUCUAUAAACACACACACAUACACACAAACAAACAUAUCGCACUCUAUAAACACACACACAAACGUAUACAGACUUAAUCGUACACGUACACGUACACAGACUUAUUUACACAGACAUGCAUUCACACACACACACAUCCUUCAUGGAUCUAAACCCACAGCAGGUCUGUGUUCCGGUGGUAAGCAGCAGGUAACUCUCUCAGUGUCUCUCGUGGUUCAUCUCUCAGCCCUCUCUGUGUUCAGCUGGGCUGCUGAGCGUCAGAUUAGAGGGGGCCCCUUGGGUCUGGGGGGUCCUCACAGUCCUGACGUUGUUGAGGACCAGCUGUUAGGGGGACGUUUGAAUACCUGUGGACCCAUGGACGUACCUGUAGUGCAUCGGGUUGUUGAGCAGCAGCUGUUGGUGCUCUGAGGGGUCAACCCGUUCAGUGGAAGUACAACACUUUGUGAUUGAUUUAAAUACUCCACUGAACUCCAAAUGCUGCAUUUUAUUGGGCUUCUGGAAGGUUCAGCAUAAACCAUGAAAGGGAGAUCUUCCUUUGGGUUAAGGAGGUUGUACAAAGAUUUACUUUCUGAUGUAAAAUGUGUUUUAAAUGUUGAUUGAUGGUACGUUAUUUUACUACAAUAUUUUAUAUAUUUUCAACAUCGUUUUAAAGGAAUCCAAAAUCAGUUUAUAUUUUGCCAUGCCUGACAUGGAACGUGAUUUGAAGCAGAUUUAACAACAUAAUCAUGAAUGAUGAUAAGAGUUCUAUGGGAAAGGGUAACGAUGUUGUAAAUUACUUUAAACGGAAGAUAGUUUCUUUGUGUUCUGUUGGGAACAACAAGUCAACAUGUUCAAUGAUUAAAGAUACCUGUUUAGGAUUUGUAAUUGUUCAUAAAGCAUAAUGUUAAUAAACAACUCAGUCGAUCAACUGAA